ACCAACUAAACCUUAAACGAACACAUCCAAACACUUCCAGAUCUUUCUCUCUCUAAUUCCUUAUCCGAUCUUCUCCACUUUAUCUCUCUACCCUGCAAAAAGAAUGGGGAAGCAAAAGGUAGUGAUUGGCAUCUCUAUGAAGGACCAGAGAGCUCGUACUAAGGCCUUCAAGAUUGCUGUCAGCCUCUCAGGAGUUGAUUCCGCAUGUAUUCAGGCGGAGAAGGGGCAGUUAGAGGUGGUGGGCGACGUGGACGCGGUGGCUCUGGCCAACCAGCUGAGGAAGGGGUUGGGUCAGGCAGAGCUUCUAAGCGUCGGCUCCGCCGAGAAAAAGGAUGAGAAGAAGGCGGAAACGCCAGCACCACAAACCAUGAUGACAAUCACUUAUGAUCCUUCUUCGUAUCAUUAUGCAGCUCCUUACCAAUACCAUGCUUACCCAGUUCAAGAUCAACAACCAGGGUGCUCUAUUAUGUAAACAUGAAUCAAUAAUUCAACCCAGAUGAGAUGAUUAGUCUCAUAAAAAAUGGGUGCGGCGUAAAAAAAAAAAAGGUAGUGUUUGGAACAAAUUUUGGGUUUAAUUUCAGUAUGAUAAUGAAUGUAGAGGUUUGGGUUUCAAUAUAGUGAUUAGGAUUUAGGAAGUUGGGAUUGGCUUGUAGGUGUUCUCUGCUUUUUCUUUCUUUCUCCUCUUUGGAAGUCAAAGGCAAUGUACAGAAGGGCAGUUGAUGUUAUGGUUCAGCUACCAGAAAGUCAAGUUAAAAAAUAAAUAGACAGUGGUAUGCUAGUGUUUUAGGAUCA